UCCUUCUGGAGUUGGGAUCCUUCUGGAGUCGGGAUCCCUUUGGGGUCGGGGUCCUUCUGGGGUCACUCCCCGACGUGCAGCCGCGGUUCCCCGUGACUCACAUCCUUCCCCGCUGCCAUCCCCGCCGCGGCCGGGGCCCCGUGCCUUCCUCGCCGCCAGCCCCCCGCUUGUCGCCGGCAGGGCGGGGGUGUCCCUCGGCGGGACGGGGACACCGCGGCGCCCGCGGGCCCUGCGUCAGCGCCGGCAGCGCCUUCAAAACGCGCAGCGGGGAGGAAGUGGGAGCCGAGAGCGAGGCGAUGUCGGAGCUGGAGCGGCUGCGGCACAGCGACAUCCCCGCGGGCCGGCAGCGGCUGCGGGAGCAGCACGGCAACCUGCUGCGGGUGGCCGACUACUGCCACAGCAACUACCUGCAGGCCAGCGACAAGAGGAAGGCGCUGGAGGAGACGAUGGCUCUGAGCACGCAGUCCCUGGCCAGUGUCACCUACCAGGUCAGCAGCCUGGCCGGCGCCUUCCUGCGCCUGCUGGAGCUGCAGGCGGCCCAGCUGCGCCGGGUGGAGGCCGACAUCGCCUGCGUGGCACAGAGCGUGGACAUCCACAAGGAGAAGGUGUCACGCCGCGAGAUCGGCGCCCUGACCGUCACCAGGAGGCUGCUGAGCUACCAGAAGGUCGUGGCCCCCCCAGAGCCCCCCGUGCUGGAGCCCUAUUACAGGAAACCCCUCAACUUCAGCGCGCUGGACGGCGUCGGCCACGGGGUCAAGGACACCAGCACGCAGCUGUCCCGCACCGGCACCCUGGCUCGGAAAAGCGCCAAAUCCUGCUCGGCACCGGCUGCGGGAACGCUGGGCUGCUCCUUCCCCCCCAGCUCCCGCGGGGCCCCGGCGGCCGCUGGGGACGGAAUUCCUGCCCCGCCACCGCUGCCAGGGCCACCCCUGCUGCCACCGUCACCUCCGGGGCCACCCCCGCCUGCCACUGCCAUCCCGCCUCCGCCACCCCUGCCCGGGGACCUGCUGCCACCCCUGCCCGGGGACCUGCUGCCACCCCUGCCCGGGGACCUGCUGCCACCCCUGCCCGGGGACCUGCUGCCACCCCUGCCCGGGGACCUGCUGCCACCCCUCCCUGGGGACCUGGCCGUGCCCCCACCGGAGUUCCCCCCUCCAGCCCCCGACGACCUCGAGCUGCUGCCACCACCCCCAGCUGUGCCUGACUUUGGGGACCUGGCCCUGCCACCGCCACCAGCCGCAGAGGAGCCCCCGCGGGCCCCGGAGAGCCCCCUGUAGAAAGGUCCCCUGGCCCAGCCCCUGCCCAGCCACCCCCGAGGAUCCAGAGCCAUCCCCGAAGAUCCAGAGCCACCCCCAGGAGCAGGAGCCACCCCCAGGAGCCAGAGCCACCCCCGAAGAUCCAGAGCCACCCCCAGGAGCAGGAGGCACCCCCGAGGAUCCGGAGCCACUCCCAGGAUCCAGAGCCACUCCCGAAGAUCCAGAGCCACCCCCAGGAUCCAGA